AUGCUUUUCGCUGAUAUUGGUGAUCUUUUGAAUCAUGGUUUCAAAGAGCAGCCUGGGCACACCGAGACGGAGUCCGCGUACUACCAUGUCGCUGGCCUCCUGUCUAUGAACGCUAGCGAAACGAACAUCACGGUUACAAUCAAGCUUUUGUGCUCAGGUGAGAGGGUGCAGUACAAGACGAGCGCUGCUGGAUAUUGCACCAACGAAGUUGAUGAGAAUGCUCCAUACCGCACAUUCUACGAGCACACACAAGAGCUAUGGGACACUCACCGCCCACACACUGCCAUCGAUCUGGCCAAUCAACAAGCUCCGACAACAUCAGCCAAAGCGUCACUCCCAGAGAUUGCCAUAGCAGCUCAGAACAUACUGUCGUCGUGCGAAGAAGGCACCUCGGCGCCCCGUGACCGUGUAUCAGCUGCAGAUCGGCAUGAACCACGUCCAUCACACUACCCAAUCUUCCCACAUGGAGACUGCGAUGAUGAGGACGACGAAGAACCUCUGCUGCUGCAACGUCCAUGUAAACGGCCCGGAUUUGGAUGGACUCCUGUCAAUGACUCUCCGUCAAAGCAGCAGGCUAUGACUUACUCUACACCUAAUGCGCCUGCUUUAGGGAGUCAGGCUGCGCAAGGCCAUGUCUCGAAUACUAAGCAUACUGGCUUGGCAGACCGUCCUCAACGCACUCAGCCCAAGCCAGCAGGAUUCUACAACCUCAAUGAUGGGGCCUGGGGCGUUUGA